AUGCACCCCGGCGGCCCCGGGCCCGCUUUCAACUCCAAUGCUGCCCCUGGCCCGAUUCCAGCCACGACUCCGUUGGUGGUAAGGCAGGACCAAAACGGCGUCCAAUGGAUCGCGUUUGAGUAUUCGCGCGACCGCGUCAAGAUGGAGUACACGAUCCGCUGCGAUGUCGAGUCCAUCAACGUCAACGAUCUCCCGCAAGAGUUCAAGACGGAGAACUGUGUCUACCCACGCGCGUGCUGCCCCAAGGACCAGUACAAGGGCAACCGCCUCCACUACGAAAACGAGUGCAACAUGGUAGGAUGGGCGCUGGCCGAAUUGAACCCGUGCCUGCGCGGGAAGCGUGGGCUGAUCCAGCGUGCCGUGGAUAGUUGGAGGAACUCGAACGCAGACGUGCGGUUGCGAAGCCGGCGCGUGAGAAGGCAGGCGAAGAUGACGAACCGCAAGGCUGCGGCCGAAGCGAUUGGAAACCACCUGACCGGGCCCGGCGGACCGGGUGCACCGGGUGUUCCCAAUUCUGCCGGACUGGCAGCACCACCCCAACCUCCUCCUGCCAUGGCCAUGGGUGGGCCCCAGAUGCAUCACCACCAUGAUCACCCGGGGGCACCUCCGAGAGGGAACGAGGACGUCAGCGCGAACAACUACCCAGAAGGGCAGAUGCACCACCAUCAAGCCCCCAACGGCGAGACUGCCUCUGCCAACAACAGAGUCCGUCCUGCGCACAACCUUUAUCCUGCAUUUCCCGGCAGCGAGUCGGUAGCCCAGCCGAGCGGCAUGCCGCCGAUGCAUGAUGCCAUGAGACAGCACCCUCGGCCGCCUUACUCGGCCCAUGCCACCAAGAAGCACGACGAAGAGGAGGAAGAGCGCAAGGUGGCCAUGUUCGGCGACCUCCCAGAAUCCAAGCGGCGCAAGUUCAUCCUCGUAGACGACACGCAGCGAGGCACCAGGGUCCGGGUGCGGGUCACCCUCGACACCGUCAAGCUGGAGGAGAUGCCCGAUUCCUACCGCAAGUCCAACUCGGUCUAUCCCCGCAGCUACUUUCCCAUGCAGAUGUCCUCUCCGCCAGCAAGCCCGAGAGGUAGCAGAGUCUUCAGCGACGAAGCCGCGUCAGAGGAUGACCCCACGUCCCCGGUAGUCGGCUCUCAGCUUGUGCCUGUCCCGACGGUGGACGGCGAGGCGAAUGUGCCUGUACCGCGCAUCACGAAGGCGAAGCGGGCCAAGGAGAUUACGUUGAACGACUUCGGUUACAGGAUGAGCUGGAGCCAGAGCCGUGUCUUCGCCGGGAGGACGCUCUUCCUGCAGAAAGCUCUUGACGCAUACCGCAACAAGAUGCGAACCACCAUGGUCGGAGCCGGCCAGGAAGUCGCACCGCACUUCGAGACGCGGCUGGGCAAGCGCAGGUGGAACGAGAGAAUCGAAGAGCGACUCCGGAAGAAGGAGGGUUCGGAUUAA